GGGGCAGCCUCUUAUAAGAGGGCGCGGCAGAGGCCACAGAUCCUCCGCAGCCCGCUGUCCGCCUGCUUCUCGACUCUAGCCGUUUGAAGUCAGCAUGAGGGAGAUCGUGCACAUCCAGGCCGGCCAGUGCGGCAACCAAAUAGGGGCCAAGUUCUGGGAGGUCAUCAGCGAUGAGCAUGGCAUAGACCCCAGUGGGAACUACGUGGGAGACUCAGACCUGCAGCUGGAGCGCAUCAGCGUGUACUACAAUGAGGCCUCCUCUCACAAAUAUGUGCCCAGAGCCAUCCUGGUGGACCUGGAACCUGGAACCAUGGAUAGUGUGCGGUCUGGGGCCUUUGGACACCUAUUCAGGCCCGACAACUUUAUCUUUGGUCAGAGUGGCGCUGGCAACAACUGGGCCAAGGGGCACUACACUGAGGGCGCAGAGCUGGUGGACUCAGUCCUGGAUGUGGUGCGGAAGGAGUGUGAGAACUGCGACUGCCUGCAGGGCUUCCAGCUCACGCACUCACUGGGCGGCGGCACAGGCUCAGGCAUGGGGACCCUGCUCAUCAGCAAGGUGCGCGAGGAGUACCCUGACCGCAUCAUGAACACCUUCAGCGUGGUGCCCUCACCCAAAGUGUCCGACACUGUGGUGGAACCCUACAAUGCCACCCUGUCCAUCCACCAGCUAGUGGAGAACACUGAUGAGACCUACUGCAUUGACAAUGAGGCCCUCUACGAUAUCUGCUUCCGCACCCUCAAGCUGGCCACACCCACCUACGGGGACCUCAACCACCUUGUGUCUGCUACUAUGAGUGGAGUCACCACCUCCCUUCGAUUCCCCGGCCAGCUCAAUGCUGACCUCCGCAAGCUGGCUGUCAACAUGGUGCCCUUCCCACGCCUGCACUUCUUCAUGCCCGGCUUCGCCCCACUCACAGCCCGGGGCAGUCAGCAGUACCGUGCCCUGACAGUGCCUGAGCUCACCCAGCAGAUGUUCGAUGCCAAGAACAUGAUGGCUGCCUGUGACCCACGCCACGGCCGCUACCUGACGGUGGCCACUGUCUUCCGCGGGCGCAUGUCCAUGAAGGAGGUAGACGAGCAGAUGCUGGCCAUCCAGAGUAAGAACAGCAGUUACUUUGUGGAAUGGAUCCCCAACAAUGUCAAGGUAGCAGUGUGUGAUAUCCCACCCCGAGGGCUCAAGAUGUCAUCCACCUUCAUUGGCAACAGCACGGCCAUCCAGGAGCUGUUCAAACGCAUCUCAGAGCAGUUUACAGCCAUGUUCCGGCGCAAGGCCUUCCUGCACUGGUACACAGGCGAGGGUAUGGAUGAGAUGGAGUUCACAGAGGCCGAGAGCAACAUGAAUGACCUGGUAUCUGAGUACCAGCAAUACCAGGAUGCCACAGCUGAGGAGGAGGGUGAAAUGUAUGAAGAUGACGAUGAGGAAUCCGAAGCCCAGGGGCCCAAGUGAAGUUGCUCACAGCUGGGGUGUGGGGCCAAGUGGCAGCCAGGGCCAAGACAAGCAGCAUCUGUCCCCCAGAGCCAUCUAGCUACUGACACUGCCCCUAGCUUUGCUUCCCACCAGCUCAUUAAGGCACCCUAGGGCUACCAGGUGAAAGUCCUUCAGUAUUUAUGGCUGUCCCACCCCACAUGAGUCCACUUGGCUCUGUCCUCCCCAUUUAGGCCACCUCUGUAUUUGUGUUGCUCAUUUGUCUCUGUUUUAUUAUGGCUCCAGGCCUGAUGUUUUAUGGUUGUUUUGUUUUUUACUGGGUUGUGUUUAUAUUUGGAGGGGGCAUACUUAAUAAAGUCACUGCUGUCAGA